ACGGAAAGAAGAAGAAGCGCACCGUGAUGAAAAUAGCUCGCUAGCAGAAUGGAUGUCAACUAACUCACCCGUGGUUGAUCUCUGUGUAUCGAUACCUUAAGCAUGCUUGAUCACCGCUGACAGCCAAAAUGUUCAAAAGGAUCAAGCGCGCAAAUUUUCGACGAAGGAACGAGUCCGACGAGGACGAGCGGGAGGAGAAUGUGCAGCCGAUGCUCGCGCCGACGUUGUUCGGGCCUGUUUUGGAGGAAGUCCCGUUCCUGGAGACGUCCAGCGGCAGCAACGACGUAAGCUUAAGCCCCAGAAGCAACGGCUUCGGGGUCAAUUUUAAAAGCGUCAGGAGGGACAAGAAGGCGAAAGACGGCGCUCCGGUGCUCGGACCGACGAAAGCCAGUUUGCUGAGUUUCGACGAUGACGAAGAAGAAGAAGGACCAGAGGUCUUCCGAGUGAAGAAGUCCAAUCACAGCAAGAAAAUAGUCAAGCAGCUGAAGAAAGAAUACAAGGAAGACUUGGAGAAGUGUGGUGUCGUCAAAACAGAAGCGGUGCCUCAACCUAUCGUUGCCAUCAAAGAAGAAGUGAUCAGCAAAGUGGUCAGUGAGCAUGGCGGGGAUGAAAUGGAGGUUGAUAGUGCUGACGAGCAGAGGGAGGAGGUGAAAGGCAAUCAAGUACAGAGGAGCAGCAACAACACUGGAGCAACAUUCAACACGCUCUCCUCCCUCAACACUUUGAGACCUGGGGAGAUUCCCGAUGCAGCAUUCAUUCAUGCUGCUAGAAAGCGGCGACAGCUGGCCAGAGAGCUUGGGGGAGAUGCCCCACUUGUCGAGACGGAAGCCCCCAAGAAACGCAUGGCGCAGGAAGACCAAGACGGGAGUGACGACGAAGACGAGGAAGAGAAGAGGAUCCGGUUUAGCGGCGUGCGGAGCAAAACCCAAAGGCAAAAGAUAGCAGAAGAGAUAGGUAUCGAAGGCAGCGACGAUGAGGCACUAGAUACAGGUCAUGAUGAAGAGGUGAGCCGGUGGGAGCAGGAGCAGAUCAGGAAAGGGAUCAGCAUACCACAGGUCCAAAGCAGCCAACCGGAGGACACCGCGGCUUACUACCAGAACAGCUACGAUACUCAACCUUACGGCACUGGCUACAACAUGCCCUUCACCUACAGCGUGGUGCCCCCGCAGGCCAGCAAGCCCCCGGCAGACGGCACUUCGGCUCACUUCGGGCUCUCUGUUAGCGACUUAGCCCCGGUGUCCAUUGAUCUGGUAAAGAAACGCCUGCGGGAUAGGCUCGGUCAUAUGCGUACAGGCCACAACGCCAACAUCAAUCGCUACACGCAGAUCCAAGAAGACCUUGCCGCCUCAGAGAGCGCCAUAAUGCAGCUGGACGGCUCGUCCAAUGACAAUGCAGAUCAAUAUCAAUUCUUGCAAGAGAUGCGAGGGUAUGUUGGAGACUUGCUUGAGUGUUUCGGUGAAAAGGUGCCUGCCAUCGAGGAGCUGGAGGCUGCCAUGCACCAGUUACUAAGGCAACGGGCCUCGCGACUCGUCCAAAGAAGACAGGAUGAUAUAAAAGAUGAAUCGGCGGAGUUUGCAAGCCUUUCAAAUAAAGCCGUCAUGGCUCCCAGUCUGGAUUCAUUUGUUCGUGACCGCACAUUGUACCAAGAGAGCAGUCGCCAAAGGAGGAUAGCGGAAAGAGAGGCCCGACGAGCUCGACGGCGUCAAGCGCGAGAACAGAACGGAAAGUGGGCGGAGCACAAAGAAGGCUUGUCGUCCGAUGACGAGGAGACCUCCACGGACAUCACCAGCUUCAGCGUGGAGCACGAUCGCAUCACUCGAGAAUGUCAGAAAGUUUUUGAGGAUGUGCUGGAGGACUUUCAUUCCAUGGACUACAUCAAAUCCCAAUUUGAAGCGUGGAGGCGGAACUACGCCGAGUGCUACAAAGACGCGUACAUCGGCCUCUGCCUGCCCAAACUCUUCAGCCCUCUCAUUCGACUGCAGCUCAUCACGUGGAACCCUCUUGAGGCGCAGUGCACCAACUUUGAGUACAUGCUCUGGUUUGAGACGCUGCUGUUUUACGGCUUUGAGGAGCACAGCACGUUGCAGAAAGGAGACAGCGACAUCGGCCUGCUCCCGGCGAUCGUGGAGAAGGUUGUCCUCACCAAAUUGACAGUGUUGUCAGAGCAAGUGUGGGACCCGCUGUCAAACAGCCAGACGGCACGGCUGGUGGGUUUCAUUCGCCGCCUGAUGAAAGGUUACCCGACCGUGCUGCAUGGGGACAACCAGUUCACACGGGAGUUGUUGAGAACAGUCGUCCUGCGCGUUCGGCGGACACUGGAUGAAGAUGUCUUCCAACCUCUCUACCCCAAAAAUUUGCUGGAAAACAAGAACGGCGGUCCUUACUUAUUCUACCAGAGGCAGUUUUGGAGUUGUGUGAAGCUGUUGGGGAACAUCCUGCAAUGGGAGGGGAUCAUCUCCACUUCCUGUCUCAAGGACCUGGCUUUAGACAGCACUCUGAAUAGGUACAUCCUCUCCGCGCUGCAGACCACCGAAGCCAGCGAGGACAAUGUUCACAAGUCCCAAAAGGUGGUGGACUGUUUGCCGAUGCAAUGGUUCAAUGGGCUGAAGGGCCAGCAGACGCUUCCACAACUGGAGCCGCUGUGUCGCUACCUCGUCCAUUUGGCCAAUUCGUUGAACCGCAGCAGCUUGGGCGCUUCUGAUGUAGAAAGACGUGUGACAAAGGAUCAAGUGAAAGAGAUUGUGAAGAUGCUGGUUUACAUGAAGGCUGUGGACCACAUCAUUGCCGUAGCAGCUGAGCAAGGCAUUAAGGACAUUAAGUCUCUGUUAGAAACUAAGUCAUAGACAGAGGGAGGGCCGCACCGACAAGUUCUCCUUCAUUAUGUUUGACUCCUCACUAAAUUGGACUCUGGGAUAAAAUGUGCAUACUGAAUAAAACACCUGUGUAAAUAUUGUGAAUAAUGUAUAGAAAGGUUCCUCGUGCACUUGUCGAAUAAUCUUGUAUGAGCCACUCUAAGAGACUCUGGCUUCAUGCCAUAAUACAUUUGGGUUUAAGAUUACUGGAUAAAAUAGACGGAAAAAAAGAAAAUAAAAAUACGGCGCAUACUGAGUUAUGUAAAAACUGCCUUGCGAGUGACUCCUUUCACAUUUCUUCCUGUAUGUGCUAAAAGUGACCUCUUGCUGCACCACACACAAAGAAUAAUGCCGCCGCCUCCUCACCAGCACUGACUGUGCACACCAUCUGUGAAAGUUGUACUCUAGUCUUUUUGUUUGUUUUAUCAUCUGUCUGCUUGUGAAUAAAGUAUACACUUGGAAACGC